CUUGACCCUAUUUCGCUAAGUCGCCAAGGGGCUGCGAGACUCUCACCCAUCCCUGAUCGCAUCCAACGCUUCUGGCUCCUCCUCGGAAGCUCAGCCUCUGCCACUUUUGGUUUGAUACUGACUGAUCACAGUUAGUUUGACCUUAUCCAUCUGUCUAUCUAUCAUUCUAUCUAUCAUGCGUCGAUCACUACCAUUGCUUGUUUCGUACUUGUUGACGCUGUUGUUGGGCGCCCAAGGGGUCACCAGACCAGAGCUGCUGCAUCGACGAGGCCAAGAAGAAGUCGACCAAGACGAGGUGGUCCAAGAAGAAGAAGACGAAGUAGAAAAAGUGCUUGAUCCAGGUUCUCUUGUGUGGGAGCUACCAGACGAUUGGGAUCCUCAAAUCCGUGGAGGAGAGCCCGUGGAAAUUCCAAUUCCGUAUCUUGGCCUCGAUGAUGAUUUUUUUCUUUGUCAGGUUAUCCUGGUCCAUGCCGACAUUGUCAUUACCACCGCGGCCUGCAUUACCGACCCCUUUCUGUUCGGUGGAAGAUUUCCCUCGGCCGUCCGAAUUGGCUCUCUCGAGCCAGCAGGAGGAGGAACCGUGGUUCCUGUCGGUGGGGGGCAAAUCCAUCCCGACUUUGACCAGGAAAGACCUUGGUUAGGACACGAUAUUGCAGUCCUGAAACUCAACAGUUCCCUUACCAACACGGUGGCUCUCAUGAACGAAGAUCCCAUGAAACCGCAAACAGAUUUUGACGUGCUCUUUGUAGCUGGAUUUGGACAGGUUGACAACGUCAAUUACCCCGAUCCCGAUGUCUUGCAAGGAUUGUUCUAUUUCAACGUCGAAAAUUGCUUUAAUCGAUUCGCAUUCUAUCGACCCGAGUUUCACAUUUGCGGAGAUGCCAAUCCCGAGCAAGCGACCUGUUUUGGAGAUUUCGGUGCACCCGCCGUGGAACCAGGUACCAGAGUCGUCCUGGGAUUGUCCUCGUCCUUUACCAAUCCCGGACAGGGGAAUUGUGAAGAUCAAACCGUGGAUGUCUACACACGCAUGUCGACUUACACGCCCUGGGUCCGGUCGAUGAUUUGCGAAAUGUCGGCCAACCCACCGGGAUUUUGCGUGGAAGACAAGACCAAUGAUUGUCUGUUUGGUUGGUUCUUCAACUUUUUGGAUUCCUUACGGGGUCCAUAUCAACCUGGCAAAGGGUGGUGAUGAGAAAAAAUGAAAUGAAAAGCAAAAAAGUACUAACUAAGAGAGUGUUUUGCCAAGCCGUUCGUUCGUUCAUGACGGCACAAAGCAAAAGAGGAAUACACCAAUACAUACAGCUGUGUCAUUUUUGUUGAUUGUUUUGAUUUCUUACUACAUACAUAAAUGGGUUUCUAACAAAUGAUUAUAGCAUGCAUGCCAGGUGU